AUGCCUUUGUUAGUCGCAGUUUUGGCCGGGCUGUUGAGCGGUGCCAGUGCCGCCGCCAACCUCGUCCAACACGAGCGUGUCCCCCAACUGCCGCAAGGAUGGGCCCGGAUGGACGCCUCGCUCGACCCGGACCGGCCCUUCAGACUGUCCAUUGCCCUGAGACAGCCCGAGAUUCACCGCCUGGCCUCCAAGUUUGCCCGCGGCUCCGGCCACCUCUCCCUGGACGAGGUCCGUACGCUGCGGGCGCCCGACCCGAAAGACGCCGCCGCCGUCGUCGACUGGCUCCGUGAAAACGGCGUCCACGACACCGUGACAAAGGACGACUGGAUCCACGUCAACACGACCGUCAGCACCGCCGAGAGCCUGCUCAACACCCAGCUGCAGCGCUACUCGUUUGACGGCAAGGUGUCCAUGGUCCGGGCCCGAGAGUACUCGGUGCCGUCGCACCUCUCCGACGCCAUCAGCUUCAUCAACCCCAUCUCCAACUUCAUGACGCCGCUGCGGGAGCCCAUGACGCCCCUGCCCGCCCAGGACGCGCGCGACCGACGCGCGACCGCCGCUUGCUCCGGCACCGUGACGCCCAAGUGCCUGCGCCAGCUGUACAACAUGCACUACAAGGCCCCCGGCAACUCGUCCGAGGUCCGCCUCGGGGUGAGCGGCUACCUCGAGCAGCACUCCAACCACGCGGACGUCCGGGACUUCCUCCGGCAGCAGGUCCCGGAGCUCCCCCGCUACGACUUCAAGGUGGAGCUGGUCAACGGCGGCACCGACCCCCAGAAACCGCCCACGGCCGGCAGCGAGGCCCAGCUCGACCUCGAGUACGUCAUGGGUCUCGGCUUCCCGUCCCAGGUCACCUACUACGCGACCGGCGGCCGCGGCGAGAAGAUUGGCGACGACGGCAAGCCCGUCACGGGCAAGAAGCUCGACAACGAGCCCUACCUCGAGUUCAUCCAGGCGCUGCUCGACAAGCCCGACGACGAGGUGCCGCACGUGCUGUCCGUGUCCUACGGCGACGACGAGCUGUCGGUGCCCCGGCCCUACGCCGAGCGCGUCUGCGGCAUGCUCGGCCUCCUGACCAAGCGCGGCACCUCCAUCAUCCACUCGUCCGGGGACGGCGGCUCGGCCGGCGGCCGCGUGGGCAACUGCCGCACCAAGGACGGCACCAACAAAAAGGUCACCAUGUCCACGUUUCCCGCGUCGUGUCCGUGGGUGACGGCCGUGGGCGCCACCUCCAACAUCGCCGAGCCCCCCUCCGGCGCGAGCUUCAGCUCCGGCGGCUUCUCCCAGUACUUUGAGCGGCCCGCGUGGCAGGCGGCCGCCGUGGACAAAUACGUCGAGGAGAUCAACGGCCACCUGGACGGGUACUACAACGCCAGCAUGAGGGCCGUGCCGGACAUCUCGGCCGUGGGGACCAACUUCCGGGUGAUUGUUGGCGCCCGCCGUAAGCUCAUCGAGGGCACCAGCGCGAGCGCGCCCGUCUUCGCAGCCAUGAUCUCCCUCAUCAACGAUGCCCGCCUGAGAAAGGGGAAGCCCUCGCUGGGGUGGCUCAACGAGAUCUUGUACUCGGACAAGGUGACCUCUCUGCUGCAGGACAUCACCAAGGGCCAGAGCUACUCGUGCACCUGGGACAAGGUCAGCCCCGGUGGCUGGCCGGCCAAGCAGGGAUGGGACGCAAUCACCGGCCUCGGCGUGCCAAACGACUUUGCCAAGUUCCUCGAGGUUCUCGAGGACGUGUGA